GACAAUGAAGUGAACAAGCGAGAACGAGAACGAUUCGUUCACCUAAAUGAUUCAUUCAGAAUCACCGGAUUCAUUCAAGACCGAAAAAACAACUCGCGCAUGCGCACAGGUCUCAGUUGUCAAACGGUGGUUAUGGAGAUGAACGUAGGCAACUGCUAUAUUUGGAGCUCAGGAACGGGAUGCCUCAUAAGAUAGGCUUUACUGUGAUCAGCUGGUCUGGUCAUGAAGGAAACUACAGUGCCAAAAAGCUGAUGGUCCAUGCACCCACCAUCACUGGUUGGAAAUCCACCAGGUUCUGUCCAUUUCCUCAGGAAAUCAUUCUGCAGUUGGUGGAAAGAUGUCGCAUAAGGAAACUCCAGCUACUGGCCCAUCAGUAUCUGAUCCCGUCCAAGAUCGAGUUCCACAUAGGAGAUAAACUGCCAGAGUCCAGCUCGCAUCAGCAGGAUCAUAUUCUCCAUAGAUUGGGGUAUGUGUCUCUGUCUGACAAUGAGAAGACUGGUUUCAGAGCCAGAGAGCUGAAGUCAGUUCAUGUUGAUGCUGUUGGGUCUUACCUGAAGCUCACAUUUCACAGUAACCAUGUUAAUCAAUACAACAUUUAUAAUCAGGUUGCAUUGGUGGCUCUAAAUAUUUUGGGUGACCCUGUGGAUGGAAAUGAUAUUGGGACAGCACUAAACAGAGAUCAGGUGAUUGAUCAAUAUCUAAACAACAGCCAACACAGCUCAGCAUUGGAUGGCACAUACACUGGGCUCUCGAGUUAUAAAUGUGAAUCUAUCUCGCCCCUCGAUGACUUGGCGUUUGACAUGUAUCAAGACCCUGAGGUGGCACAUAUCAUUCGGCUGCUGGACCAGAAAAAACAGGACAUGGUUCGGGAGGAAAGAUUUGAUCUGGCCAAAAAGCUUAAACAAGCUAUUGCAGACCUGCAAAAGGUGGGCGAACGUUUGGGCCGGUAUGAUGUGGAGAAACACAGUGCCAUAGAACGAGAGGACUAUGACAUAGCCAAGCAGAAAAAGGAACAAAUGGAGGCUUACAGGCUCACAGUCUACCAGCAGCUGGAGCUUCACAACCUGCUGGACAUCAGUCAAAUUCACAGAAUUUCUGAGCUUUCCAACUCUGAAUUUCCCUCUCCACAUGCUGGGACACAGAAACACGUGCCUCAUCCAGCAGACUCACCAACAAAGAGGAGACAAGGACAACAUGUGAAGGAGACAAAUGAGCCAGACAUUUCAAAACCAGCUAGCCCCAAACACACAGUCGCCCCAACACCCCUCUCUCCUCCUCACGCUUCUAAGAUUGAUAUCAGCUCCCUUCCUUAUGAUGAGAGGCCUUUACCUGCACUUAGGAAGAGGUUGAGUGAUCAACCAGUCAGUGAGAAUGACGAGAUGCCUCCUCAGACAGACACAAGCACUCCACAUAGCCCUGGGUCCUCAGGACAACCAGAACCACUCACAGAGAAAGCUCAGAGAGAGGCCAGUCUGCCCAUUGAGAUCUAUGGAGACUCUCUGGUGGCAGGGGCCUAUUCAAAGACGUGGUCUUACAGGGAGGAUGCUUUGCUGACUGUCUACAAGAAACUGAUGGAGGUUCCACCCGGUACCCCAAAAGCAGAACUACGGAGCAUGACAAGAGCAGCUGUGUUCCUCUGCAAGAAAGCGCUCACAGAUAAAGUGUCAUCUGUAUUUCUUGCAUCUCUGAAUCUGCUUCGAAUGAUUCUGAGUGAGUUUAUUCCCAACCAUCAGCUGGGCAAAUCUGAGAUCAGUCACUGUGUGGAACAGACUUGGAAUAAUCUUCUCUCUAGGACGGGAGACUCAACCCUGAGACUCAGAACACUAGCUGUCACCUUUAUACAGGAAAUGGCUUCAUUUAAGGAGGUGAGAGCCCUGCAGGCGGUUCCUUUAGAACUCGUCAAGCCCAUGCAGAGCAGUGUACCCGCUAGACUGGCACUGAGCAGACUGGAACUGUUGGAGAAGCUUCUAGAACAGCUGGGCACCAAGAACUCUGGCUUCACUCUCGACAACGUCAUGGGGUUUCUGGCAGGUGGAUUGGAGCACAGCGCCGCCUCAGUGCGUGAGCUCUCCGUGAGAGUCGUCCAGGCUAUGUACAGUCUUCACGGAAAAGCGGUUAUGAAUUAUCUUCCACCUGAUGACACCAGCACACGUAAAAACGUCCUCUACAAAAACCUUUUCGACUCGCUCACCAAGUUAGACGGAAACAACAUCAAUAUGCAGAAGCCAAAAAAAGUGUCAGAACGGGAAGAUGGUGAGAGAGAGAAAGAAGAAAUCAGGAGCUUACAGGAGCAGCUUGCAGUGCUGAAGGAGAUCAGUGAGAAAGGAAAGGAAAAUACCAAAGAACCUGAGAAAAAAGCUGAGAAGGCGGCCAAAUCAGCAGGUGUUAAGAAGGUAAACCAGUCUGUCCCUGCUGAUGCGAAAGGCAGCCAAUCAUCUGCAGCUAACUACCUAGACAAUCUGUGUAUUUUCUGUGGGGAGAGAGAUGUGUCAUUCACUGAGGACGGGCUCGACCUGCACUACUGGAAACACUGCCCGAUGCUGCAGCGUUGCCUUCAGUGCAGACAGGUCGUGGAGAUUGCGAGUCUGACAGAGCACUUGCUGACAGAGUGUGAGCAGAGGGCAGAUUUCACCCAGUGUCCUCUCUGCUCCGAAGCCCUCACCCGAGAUAAGCUAACUGAGCAUGCUCAGAGCACUGCUUGCAAUCCACCAGCUUCUGGAGAAAAUUGUAAUCACUGUCCUCUCUGCCAUGAAAACUUCACCUCGGGGGAGGAGGCCUGGAAGUCUCACCUCAUGGGACCUGAGGGUUGUAAACAGAACUCACGAAGGAGAGCGGUACAGCAGAGCAAUCUCUCACACGCACAAGGAAAGACCGUCAGCAGCACAGGUGUCGCUAGAACAACAAUGGACAUUUCUGAGUCCAAGGCUCGAGGGAUGGGAAGAGGCAGUCGCAUACCCGCUCCUGCUUCCAGAAACAACAAACACACCAGAAUUCCUCCAGGCAAGACCUCUACCCUCCGACUACAACAGGCGUGACGCACAGAUUUCAUGCUAACUGUGAUUCAUUGCAAAAAUACUCAAAAUCUACGUCAAAUCAGGUUUCAAGUAAUGCAUUGUUGCACUCUUAUUGCUGUACCGAUUUAGAAAUAUUCCUGGAAUAACGAUCAGCAUCAUUUUUCUGAGCACAUGCUAUCAGUGACACCUCAUCUAAAAUUUUAACUGAAUGUACAAAAUCUGAAAUAUGUGUUGACGGCUUGUGAACAAAUCGAGCAGUGUUUUGCUCCGUUUACCUUUUCAGGUAGCUCACCUGGAUUUUUUGUGAUCUUUUUGAGAAUUUUAUUCUUGUAUAUUGUUUUAUACUUGUUAGUUUUAGUGUGUUUGUGUUUUAUGUGAAUAUUUUGUGAUUGUAGCACUUUGAUAUUUAAUGUUUUUAAAGCAAAGCAUUAUUAGCACCAUAGCCAAAAGUGAAAAAUAGCCUUUGAAGCAAAAAACAAGAAAUCAGAUUCUGUCCAAGAGAUUUGGUCUUUGGACAGGUUCUCAUUGUAUUGGAUUCAGAUAAUGUACUUACAUUUCCUGCGGAACUUGCCUUGAAACAUUCAUUUUUAACAAAAAUGUUGUUUUUCUUGAAGAAAGGCAGAGGCUAAUUCAAUUCUCAGAACUGCCUUGGUGCUUUUCAAAGAAUCAUGACUUGGAACAGAGAUGGUGCCAAUAUAUGAGGCCACUGCUGGAAGACUAAAGAGCCAAGAGUGAUAGCAUUGCUAUUUGGUGACAAUGAUAUGUUUGGUCUUUGCAUUUGCUUCAGUAUUAAGCAUUCACCUUGUUUGUUGGCUUGUAAACGGUUUUGUAUGCUGUGUGUGAUGUGGUAAAUCCCAGGGUAUGAUCCGCAUCAAAUGCUGUUGUAUUUAUUUUGUUAAAAAGUGAAUGAUUCAAUCCAGUCAUGCUUAUAAAAUUAUCUAGACAAAAGAUGUGAUAGACUAUGAAAGACAGUCCGAGUGGAAUAGGCUGAUUCUGUGCCUGAAAUAAGCCAUAAUAUCACUUUUUAAAGGAUUUACAUAUAAUGAAGACUGAAUAUGCAGUCAGAGUUUUCCUAUAGUCAAGAUGGAAUUUUUAAAGGUACAACCCCAAGAAUCUUCACUUCUCAGACAUGCAUUAUAUAACUGACAUAUAUUAGUUUCACUCAUGUUUAGUGACAUUACUGAGAUGUCUAAUAUUUAAAUAUCAAAUAUUUAUUGAUUUAAAUAAGUAAACCUAAGCAAUUAUUUCAGAGUAGAGAAAGAGUGCUCUAAAAGUGAUAACUCAAUUUGUUUGCAUAGAUCGCUGAUGCAUACCCAAUAGUAUUAAUUUUACAAACGUCUGAAUAUUUAUACUAUAUAUAGAUAAUAUAUAGAUUAUAAUGGUAGAAUACCAUUGGAUGUUUUUUUGUGUUUGCUUUAAUUUAGAUUUUCGUCAUAGUACCAGAAUUGAGAAGCACAGCAGAGUUUUUGUCUUUCAUAGUAAACUGGUUCCAGUGAGCAGAGGAGGUACCUGAAAAUGAUGCACUAAUGUGUAUUGCGAAUUUAGCGUCCAUUUAUAAAAUUGGUCUGGCCAAUUUCCCUGCAUUUUCCUCAGGAGCACAGCUUGACUGUCCAGAAUGUCUGCACAGACAUGCAACAAGAGACACUUUAAAGAUAUUACAAAACAAGAGUUUGAAGAUUUAUACUGCUAAUUUUAAGUGUAAUAUUGUGACCAUAUAGUAAUUCUUUUUUCAAAUAUUCUAUUGCAACUUGAAUUGUCACCACAUCCUAUGUCCCUCAGCUCUUUGUGCAUUGAUAUUAACGGAAGCUAAUAUCUACUUUGUAGCUUUAUUUGUUUGAAGCUGUGUUUUAAUAAAUGUAUUUGAAUAAA